CGCAUGUGAAUGACGUCAUACUGACGCAUAAUUGAAGAACCACACAAUAUGGCUGCGUCCGUGAUUCUGCGACUCCAGAGGGUGAUCCGUCUUUCUCACGGAGAUAUUAACGUUGUCGCUGCCGGGGUCUCUAGUCGGUCAGGUUGCUGUUGGGUACAGUCGUCUUGUCGUUGUUUCAGCGAUGCAGCCGAUGACAGACGCACGCAUUUUGGUUUCGAAACGGUUCCGGAGGCAGAGAAGGCGAAGAGAGUGUAUAAGGUGUUUGAGAAUGUUGCUCAGAAGUAUGACAUUAUGAACGAUGCCAUGAGUCUGGGGAUUCACCGACUGUGGAAAGAUGCACUGCUGCACGCUAUGCACCCACUGCCUGGUGCACGACUCCUGGAUGUGGCAGGUGGAACAGGUGACAUUGCUUUCCGUUUCAUGGCAUACAUUCGCUCUCAGCAGGAGCGGCAGAAGCAUCGAGCGGCACGGCCCAUGCAGACGUCACCAUGGCAGGACAUUUCCAGCAGCUACUCUACAGAGGACGAGGGCGGGCCACAAGAAUCCAGAGCUGUGGUCUGUGACAUCAACAAGGAGAUGCUGAAAGUGGGCAAGCAGAAAGCUGACAGCAUGGGCAUCAGUCCUGGUCUGUUGUGGGUGGUGGGGGAUGCAGAGGAGCUGCCCUUUGACGACGCACAGUUUGAUAUUUACACCAUCGCCUUUGGCAUCCGCAACGUCACUCAUAUAGAGCAGGCACUUCAAGAGGCUCAGCGGGUCCUGAAGCCCGGUGGCAGGUUCAUGUGCCUAGAGUUCAGCAAAGUGACCAAUCCUCUCCUGGCAAGGCUUUAUGAUGCAUACAGCUUCCAGAUGAUCCCAGUUUUGGGAGAGGUGAUUGCCGGAGACUGGAAGUCUUAUCAGUAUCUGGUGGAGAGUAUUCGCAAGUUCCCAGACCAGGAGGAGUUCAAACAUAUGAUUGAAGAUGCAGGUUUCUGCUGUGUGCGGUACUCCAGCUUCACUGGUGGUGUGGUAGCUCUUCACUCUGGUUUCAAGCUGUGAGAUCCAUUCCCAGCACCUCCUCUAACUAGCAAAGAGCCUGGCUCAGUUUCAGACUGUUCUGCCUGUAUGACAAACUGUCUGCAGAGCAUGAAGCCGCACAUCUCCGUGCUGCUGCACAGUGACAGAGGUCAGUGGGCACACUUACUUUUUUCUGUUAAGGAAAACUGUACUUCUAUUUUUACAAAUAAUGGCAGAGUAAAAACUAGGCUCACUGUAUCUGCAUUAUCAGUGUUAAGACCAUAUGAGAACAGUUUGUUUUUGUAACAGAUAAAAGUUGUUCUGAAUAUAUGAAUGGAUUAUUAUCAAAGCUGCGACAGGCUAAUGAGUAAUUACUACUAAUGAUAAAACUUCUUGAAACAAACAAGUGCACACAUCAAUGUGGGAUGUAAAUAAUAGAAAGGAUGAUGCCACAACACUUGUUACUUGAAUAAAACUGUAUAUUUUACAGAUCUUUGUACACUUUAAUUACAAAACUGUAUGGUACUAAAGUUUUAAAAUCAGUUUUUUUGGUCAGAGAAGAUUUAAUCGUCUUGUGUGCAAUUACCAUGUACUGUAUAUACAAACUCUCAUGUUAGUGAUUUUUCUCAAAAUAAAAAGUAACCAAAUAACUCAAACGUUUAAACACUCUGAACAUAAGACAUGGCUUAAAGAUAAAUAUAUUAGUAAAUAAAUAUUCAGAGAACAUAUUUCCAUUUAUGAAAUGUGUUUGCUAUACAGGUACAGAAAUAUACACAGAUUGAU